AUGGGCAGUAACUUGGAGAAAAGGUCUGAGCUUUAUGAACUGCGUAGCUUCGAAAAAGGUGGAUUCUUCUUCGAUCUCGGUCACCCUCUCAACCGUGUUGCUGAUAGCUUUGUCAAAGCUGCUGGCAUUGGUGCUAUUAAGGCUGUUGCCAGAGAGGGUUGCCAUGUAGCUCUUGAAGGAAGUAGGUCAAGUAGUUACCCUGAUCUCACUGCUUCCAGAGCUCAGAACAAUAAGAAGCAUCCCUUCCCUUAUCUCAGAGGAGAAACAAAUAGAGAUUCCCUCGAAGCAAUGGUGAAGAGCACCGGAAAAGAAUCGCUCGAGUGGGGGCUGGCUGCCGGAUUAUAUUCAGGUAUCACAUAUGGCCUACGAGAGGCUCGUGGCACUCACGACUGGAAAAACAGUGCAGCUGCGGGGGCACUUACAGGGAUGACAGUGGCACUCACAUGCCGAGAAGGUUCCCAUGAGCACCUGUUGCAAUGCGCUAUCACCGGAGCCGCCAUCUCCACGGCGGCGAAUAUUCUGACAGGAAUAUUUUAAAACCUUU